AUGGAACAGCUCAAUCGCUCGCUCUCGAAACUCAAGCCCCCAUCGACAAUUGUGCGGUCCAACUCAUCCUCCGCUCUCUCAACAGCACUCGCAGUCGCUGCAGCGGUCAUGAACGAGAACGAAAACUACUCUGCUACGACCUUCUUUGGCAACAGGAGUAUUAGUACGGUGACAGGAGCAGGAACAGGAAUUGGCUUGAAUAACGAACUCAAGAAAGACCAUACCCUGACGUUGGAAAUGCUGGAACCCCUACCGGCCAAGACUGUUGCUGGAGUCAAGCGGAAAGCAGAGGACGACGCACGAGCAAGACCAUCCAGUGCGGCAGCAAUAGCAUCUUCAACUAGACCGGCUACCAAUACCAGAGGCAUAACGGCGACAACUACAGGGGCUGCAAGGAAACCUGCAGCAGGAGCACAACGACAGCGACAGCAACAGCCACCACCCGCCAAGCCAGCUGGAAGAACACCAUUGCAGACACAGACACGGCCGCCUGGACGGGCAACACCGACAGCCAGACCUACUACCACUGCCAGGGCCCCUUUGACAUCUACCAAAGCAACACCGAUCUCAGCAGCCGGCAGAACUACAAGAGUAACUGCCUCGACAGCAAAGUCCAGAGCAGGACCCCCACAACCUGCUCCUACAAGGGCUACAACACGGUCUCGGAGCACGACACCGGCGCCUGGAGCACCAACGACACAAUUAAAGGGCACAGGAAAGGGAGUAGCAGUGCCCGCUGGUAUAGAGCUACCAGCAAAAAAGAAACGAGCUGCCUGGGACACCAAGGGUCGUCUUGAGGAUAUGGAAGAAUUGACAGGCGCCUUGCACCAAAUGCUCAACAAGUCCACCGGCAAUAUCACCGAGAUAACGCAGACGUUGGAAACCAAUGCCAACAAGAUUGAGGAACUGGAGUCGUUCCGCUUGGGACUUGAGAGCAAGGUCGUUGGCAAGGAGAUUGAGAACAACGACAUGUUGCAAAAGAUGUCUACGGUUGAGCAGGAGAUAUUUAUGCUGAACAGGAAGCACCUUGACAAUAUGAAGACUCUGCAGUCACAGCAGGCGAUGGAAGUAGAACAGGAAAAGUCGACAGAGACACGCCUGCAACAGGAGCGCGAUAUGGUCGAGUCCAAUCUACGCACCGCCAACAAUCACCUGGAGCAACAGGUCCAAGAGAGUGCCAACCUCCGUACGACAAUCGCGACACAGUCGUCCAACUGUCUCGCGUUCGAGACUGACAACAGAGCAUUGAAACUCAAGAUCGAGCGAAAGGAGGACACUAUUGCAAGGAGAGAGACGUCCAUCGAGGAGCUGGAGCGAAAGCUGAGUGACUCGGAGACACAGGUGCGAAAGCGCCAACAAAAGGUCAAAGACGAGGAGUCGGGCCGACGCAAGUUGUACGGCACUAUUAUGGACCUCAAAGGCCAUGUCCGUGUCUUUUGUCGCGUUCGCCCACAUGGUCCUAGCGAUGGUACGGUGACCUCGAUCGACUAUCCUGAUCUUGAGGGUCGAGAAAUCGUCCUCACAACAGCCAAGGAGCCCAAGUAUCCAUUCACUUUUGACAGGGUCUUUGCAGCAGCGUCGACUCAAGGAGAUCUCUUUGAGGAAGUCUCUCAAUUGCUACCUUCGGUCUUGAGCGGAGGGAACGCCUGUGUGCUAGCAUAUGGUUCUACCAAGACCGGCAAGUCGUACACGCUAGAGGGGUCUUCGGGUUCCGCGGAGGAAUCGAUGGGACUAAUUCCUCGGUCUAUCUUGCAGAUCUAUGAGGCGAUAAGAGCACCAGAGUCGAAUGACUGGAGGUACACCUUGGAGAGUCGGCAGAUUGGGAUCUACAAUGAGACGAUAUACGAUCUCCAGGCUCCCGAGGGAUCAUCUACAAGCAAAGUACACGAGGUCCAGAGUGACCCGGGUGGCGGCACUGCCGCCGUGACUGGCAUCAACAUGACGGAACUCAAUUCUGCAGUGAUGAUUGGGUCACUUUUGAGGAUUGCCCAGCGUCGACAGGCAGAAAUCAAAACAUCCCUCAAGGAUAACUACCGUGGUGGCCACAGCGUGUUCACGAUUCGUGUGACAGGAGUCAACUCAGGAACGGGGAAAACGACAGAAGGCUUCUUGAAUUUUGUGGACCUGAUAGCUUCCGAUUCACACCUGGAAGCAACCAACGUCGAGUCUUCCGGUUCCAAGGAUAGCGACAACACGCUAGCAGGAGGGGUAGUAGACCGGAGCCUCAAGUGUCUUGCUGACGUUUUUCUCGCCUUGUCUAGCAAGGACUCUCAGGUUCCCUAUCGCGGUUCCAAAAGCACGUUUGUGGACGGCAGCAACACCAAGAUGCUGUUCGUCGUCCAUAUCUCACCCCUCAGUGUCCAUUUGGAACAGACGCUUCGCAGCUUGAGGUUCGCGGCCAAGGUCAACAAUUGUCUUCUUCCUUUUGGAGCACCCUCCGCCGCGUCCAAGUCUUCGACGGCAGCAACAUUAGCAGCUUCAUCCUCCACUCCUUCGUCUUCGACAUCCUCUGCAGCGUCUUCUAUGGGAGUACCACUCAGGAGAACCAAAGCGACAUGA